CUCCAUUUUGCCUGCCUCUUCCAGGUCACCUUGUCUGAAGCAUAGCAUCUUCAUCGCUCCAUCUAUUCGUCCCCUGCAAAGCGAAGAUAUUGUUUGUUCGACUGGACGCUGGCAUAUCCGACGCAUCUCAUCCCUUCCGACAAGUCUCUGACAGAGCAAGGCAUAGAAAGAUGGACGACGCAAUCCGCUUCCUCAAGGCGCACAAGAGCCAGAUCAUCAAAUACGGCAAAAAGGCCCUUGCCUUUUGGAAGAAGCGGCAGUCGCAGAAUUCUACCUCGGGAGGAUAUGCGGGAGCUGCAAGUGGAGGAGCAGCAGGAGGAUACAAUAAUGCAUCUGGAGGUCAGUACGGAAAUGCUGCUGGAGGAGGGUAUGGAGGACAGGGCCAAGGGCAAGGUGGCUACCCAACUCAGCAGCAGGGAGGAGGAGGAGGAUACAACAAUUACAGUGGGCAACAGGGAGGUGCUUAUGGCGGAGCGCAAGGCGGAUAUGCUGGUGCAGCUGGAGGGUACGGAGGUCAACAAUCUCAGGGCGACUACGGUUACAACCAGCCUCCACCACAAGGACAGUACAGUCAUCCUGGCCAGUCUUACGGUGGGCAAAGUGGACUAAAACCCACUCAUCCCAACUACAACGAUAAUGCUGUGAACUCCAAGAACCAGAGGUACAUGCAACUACGAUCGGAUGCACGUCGCGAGGGAGAUUUGAUGGCCAAGUGCUUUGACCAAUCUCACUCUGCAUACUCGAGUGGUGAUGGAGGUAGGGCGAAGCAGCUCAGUAACGAGGGUCAUCAGCACAAGGCGAGGAUGGAGCAGCUGAACAAGGAGGCCUCUGACUGGAUCUAUGCGGCCAACAAUGAGGACUCCGGUGCCGACGAGGUUGAUCUGCACGGCAUGUACACAGCCGAAGCCAUCACCCGCACAGAGCAGGAGAUUGCCCAGCGUCAAGCACGAGGCGACUCUUCUGUCCGCAUCAUCGUGGGCAAGGGUGUGCACUCCAAGGACCACGUUGCAAAGAUCAAGCCUGCAAUUGAGGACCUAAUGCGCAAGUACAAUCUGCAGGCUCAUCUGGACCCUCAUAACGCUGGAGUGCUGGUGGUGGAUCUGACGGGCAAGGGAGGUGGACAUUUCAGUAGGGAUGUGGGAGGUAUGACAAGGGGAUUGGCCCAAGAGGCAAGCGGGGAUGAGAACCAAUGUAUCGUCAUGUGAGGAACGACGUGAUUCGAAGAGGCGAGUCAGACCAGUUGCGAUUAUGUCUUGGUCUCGACAUGCCUUGUUGGAUUUCCCUUGCUGUGCAACCUUUUUCUUGUUAUACCAAAGGCAUAUCCCAUCU